CAGAGCGUCGUGAAGCAGUGCUAACAUGCUAAACCGGGGAUAUUCACCGGUGAAAAGUGGAGAAAGCCGUGACGGGAACGGUAGAAGGGUUCUUAUGUGAGCAAAAAAGGGCCGCAGGGGCUGAUGGGAAACUGAGGAGAAAGUUUAUUUCAACUUUUGACUAGUUUCCGUUCACCUGCCUGUUAGCUCCGCUGCUAGCUCUGCUAACGGCUAACGGCAGUUUGAAAAGUUACUGGAGGUAGACCGCCGGGGAUUAGACGGACCCAUCGGGCCGGGGAUUAGACGGCCCCAUGACGGUGGAAGGAGUGAGACACUCCGCCAUCCUGUCCGCCCUGUUCGGCGGGACGGACGAGUCCGAGCCGCUGGGAGCCGCGCAGUUUAUCAAAGAGCGUCUGUACUUCGCCACGUUACGCAGUAAACCCAAGAGUACGGCGAACACUCACUACUUCUGCACCGAUGACGAGUUUGUCUACGAAAAUUUCUACGCAGACUUCGGCCCUCUGAAUCUGGCCAUGCUGUACCGAUACUGCUGCAAACUGAACAAGAAGCUGAAGUCGUUCACUCUGACGAGGAAGAGGAUCGUUCACUACACCAGCUUCGACCAGAGGAAGAGAUCCAACGCCGCCGUGCUGAUCGCAGGCUACGCUGUGAUCUACCUGAAGAAAACUCCUGAGGAAGCUUUCAGAGCUCUGAUCUCCGGAUCCAACGCCUCCUACCUGCCCUUCAGGGACGCGUCCUUUGGGAAUUGCACCUUCAACCUCACAGUGCUGGACUGUCUGCAGGGCAUCAGGAAGGCUCUGCAGCACGGCUUCUUCGACUUUGAGACCUUCGACGUGGACGAGUACGAACACUACGAGCGGGUGGAGAACGGAGAUCUGAACUGGAUCGUCCCGGGGAAGUUCCUGGCCUUCAGCGGCCCGCAUCCGAAAAGCAAAAUAGAGAACGGUUACCCUCUCCACGCCCCCGAGGCGUACUUCCCGUACUUCAGGAAGAACAACGUGACCACGGUGGUGCGUCUGAACAAGAAGAUCUACGACUCCAAGCGCUUCACGGACGCCGGCUUCGAUCACUUCGACCUGUUCUUCUUAGACGGCAGCACGCCAAGCGACGCCAUCACGCGCCGCUUCCUGCACGUCUGCGAGAGCACGGAGGGCGCCGUGGCCGUCCACUGCAAGGCUGGUCUGGGCAGGACGGGCAGUCUGAUUGGCUGUUACCUGAUGAAGCAUUACCGCUUCACAGCAGCUGAGGCCAUCGCCUGGAUCCGGGUCUGCAGACCCGGCUCUGUGAUUGGACCUCAGCAGAACUUCCUGGAAGAGAAGCAGGCAUCAAUGUGGUUGCUAGGUGACAGCCAGCGUUCCCAGAAGGCUAAACUGGAGGAGAGGGCGACGUCUCGCCUCAUCACCAGCAUGGACGACCUCUCACUGAACCCCCCCCACAGCAACCUGCACGAGAGCGAGACGGUGGACGUGGGUCCGGGUCUGACUCAGGGAGACAAACUGAGAGCCUUAAAAAAAAGUAACAGAGUGUUUUCUCUCAGGGUGGAAGAGAUGAAGAUCCACAGCAGGUCGGCCUCGCAGCCUCUCAGAUUGUCGAUGGGCGGUGGUCAGGGACCUGCUUCCCCCCUCAAGUCCUCCAAGUUCCCAUCAUCCUCUACUUCUGCUGCCGCCAAGAGGAUCGGGAGAAGUUCGUCGACUACGGUGUCCAACAUCAGGAGCUCUCGGUUGGCGGCCUCUCUCAGCGAUCUUUACUCCGACCUGGAUGACUCCUCCUCCCCUUCCUCCCCCUCUGUGUCUCUCGGCCCCUCCCCCUCCCACAUGGCCCCUCCUCCCUCUCUGGGUCGCUAUGGUAACGGGGUUCGCGGCGCACAUCUCGAGGUGAACAACAACAGCGGUGAAGGCCGGCCUCAGGACCCCUACAGGGUCUCCCACGGCGCUCUGCAGGGGCCGGCAGGACGCUACCUGAGCCGCUCCAUACCUUCUCUUCAGUCUGACUACAUCCAGUACUAAAACUACACGUCUCACCUGAGGACUCAUUACCCACAACCCCCUCUGUGUGGGGCACGCUCAAAGGGAAGCUAAUAAAGCAGCUCAGAGACUGAAGCUGUGAUCACUGUACGCUAAUGAGUAGCAUGCUAAUAAGUGGCACGCUAAGUAGCGGUAUGUAAAUGAGCAAUAUGCUAACUAGCGACAAGCUAAUGAGCUGUCUGUAAAUAUGAUGUAAUCUACACGCGUGUUUUUGGCUGAAGAAGAUAUAUUUAGAUAAGACAGAUUUUAUAUUUCUUAUUUGUGACAGAAGAAGAUAUUUUUGUUUCUUUUGAUAAAGCGAAGGAUCAGCUGACGGCGACCCUCCGUCGCCAUAGUUACAGUGUUUAAUUCCUGCCUCGACAGCAAUAAUAACAAUAAUAAUAACAGUAGAAGAACAAUAAGGGACCCAAAAGCUGAACGUAAGCAACCUAACUCAGGAAAACAGAGUGUGUGUGUGUGUGUGUGUGUGUGUGUGUGUGUGUGUGUGUGUGUGUGUGUGUGUGUGUGUGUGUGUGUGUGUGUGU